CCGGAAGGCCAUGUCCUUGGGUUGUGGGGAUGGUCAGGUGGUGGUGGUGGGGGGGGGGAGGCACUCUUGGCCUGUUAUUGUCGCUAUGAUUGCUCUUAUGGGAAUGGAUCGAACAAUGUCCAGCAAACGAACACGAGAGCUGAACUGAGACUGAACUGAGACUGAACUGAGACACCAUGCGGAAAAUUCCCCGCUUCACUUCAUUUCUCAUGGAACGUCAUAUCAAUAUCAUGUUUCCUUGCGUAUCUUCGGCAUCUGCCCGCCUCACCGGCGCGGUUGGGGUGGCACCCGGGUUUAUAUAGGCUAAAAUGCCAAUAUAAAUACCGUCUCCUUCCCCAUCUUCAGUGAUCCGUCUCAAUCCCUCUCAAAUACCACCUCAAGAUUCCUCUACAAGAUGAAGUUCCAAAUUGUCGCCUCUCUCCUCCCCCUCCUGGCUUCGGCCGCUCCCACCGCGGAAUCCGCCAAAGCUGCUGCCCCCAACCCAGCCUUCGGCGUCAUGGCUGCCAGAUCCGCCUCCCCCAUCCACUACCUCCCCAUGACCGCUUCCAGCCAGAAGUUCUGGCUAGGCGGCAAGACGUCCUCCUACUGUCCUACUCCUCCUGUUUCCAAGGAGGACUGCCCCCCGGGAACGGACACGGUUUUUUCUCCGGGUGGAUACGGCCUAAACGUAAUGGUCCCCGGCGGCCAACGCAUCUACGUCGACCCCACCGGCGCCCUCCGCUUCACACAAGCCCACUCCGGCGCCAUCCCUCCCGGCUCAGCCAUCGGCCCCUUCGAGUACACCCCCGGCGACUCCUUCGGUCACUUCACCUUUAAGGGCUGGGGCACAGACGGCUUCAUGGCUUGUCCGGCGGAGGAGAACCGCUGGCAGGUGUUUGCUGCGAUCCAGAAUGCGACUGUGCCGGGUGGUGAUGUGGGUGCGUGUUUGGGCUUUUCAGCCAUUGCGCCGACGGCGCAGGAUCAGGGGUUUGCGGCUUGGCAGUAUACUUGAUUUGGUUUAUGGGGAUUGGGAUUUGUGGAGAGAUUUGGGGGUGUGGGAAUUUGGGUACAUAUGUACUCGAGUAUGCAUGUAUAAGAAUGAUGGUGGAUGGUGGAUGAUGGGUGGAUAUGAUAUGGAUAGUAAAGAAGAUAAUGAUAAUGAAUGGAGUGAUGGGGACCGGCAUGGGACCAUCUGCGAUGUCAAGUUUAAUAAGUUACGAUAAUAUAAUGCAAUCAAGCU